AUGUCUUCCGUUGUACGUCCCCCGGAUCCGUGCCUGGUCGCUAUCAUUCUUAUCACUUGUUCCCGAGCCGGCCCAAGAUUCGUUUACCACUAUCCCCCAAGUCCUUCCGUCGCAAGCGCUUCCUCCCGCCGCAGCUCUCGCGCCAAACCGGCAAGGACCUCUGACUCGAGCCCGUCAAGCGACAAUGAUGAAGGCUCGAGCUCAGACGAAGAUGAGCCAAAUCACACACCGCGGCUAGGCUCCCCGCGGCCUACAGACCGAAAUCUUCACCGUCUAUCGUCCGGGAGCCAUACUAUAAAAUCGUCGGCGCAACAUAAAAAGAGAAGCCUAGAAAGCUCGGAUCAGGACGACGCUGAGAAUAACCGAGAUGACAGACGCGCUGGAGGCGCAAAUGGGCCGGACAACCCGCCCUGGGAUUGCUUUUUGGGACUGGCUACAAAUACAUGGGAGAAGCUGUUAUGCCCGUCGUCUUCCUGGCACAAACGACGGUUCGAGGUUGGAGUUAAUGACCUUGCGUUUGUUGGAUGGCCGGUCUUUGUGAGGGAGGACGGGAGGUGGAGGAAGAAGUGGAAGAAAAAGAAGAAGAAAACGCCAGCUGGAUAUACCGUAUUGGACGAGGCUAGUUUGGGAGCCGAUUAUGAUGGACAUACCAACGACGGAGAGGAUUAUGAGGCUGAACAUUCUCAUAAUAUGCCCGACCAGCCUGACAAUGAUGACGAGCCUAGUCGGUCAUCCAUGGAGACCAAUACGGAAGAGGACGAGUCUGUCACCGACGGGAAUAAAGAGUCCAUGACGAUGUUCAAUGUUGUUUUUGUGAUGAAUCCGCCGAUUCUUGAGCAUAACUCACGUAUCAAGGAGAAUUACGACAAUGUCAUAAAGAAGCUUGGGAAGGGACUUAAAUCUGAGCAGGCAACGGCCAAUUAUGUCUGGAAAGAGGCCCAGACUAUACUUCAAAUCAAGGAGAAAGCUCGAGAAAACAUGGCCUCCCUAUUAGCUUUAUAUGAAGAGUUAUUGUCUAAAUCGUCACUAGCCCAGGCGAUUGCAACCGUCUAUCGGAGUAUAUCAACUUCGAAGAUUGCGUCCAUCACGCUGACACCUCAUACUACGAUGAGCCUUCAAAUACCCCCGCUUACAUCCACUCCAUAUCUUCCCGGCCCAACAGAGCCUGCAUAUCCAGGCUUAUGGCUCACUACCGCAGAUAGCGUCUCAGCUACAGAUGAAGCGCCUGAAGUGGAAUAUUCUGGCCCGAGUAAGGUUUUAGCAAAACAUUUUGCCCUGCUUUUGCUUAGCGACGAAGAUACAAUACUGAAGGACGUUGAAGCUUCGAUGGGCACUCUAGGGCCUCCGUUGGCUCACUAUAUCCGUUCGUCGAAGCCAACAAAGUCCUUCGCCCAGAUCUCUGCCCGUUCGUCCAUCCCACUUAGUGAUAUUCAAGUACUGGCUACCCACCUUAUAUAUUGGCGUCGAGCUCGAGCUGUGCCUCCGCUAAACAAACAGGAUACAUAUAUUGUAUCCCCCAAUUGUGACUUGAGUAAACUUCCGCUAGCAACAGCUGCGUAUGAAGCGGCGUUUCCAACAAUGCCCAGUCUUCCCAAGAUGUUGGCGAUGCUGAGUGGCACACCACGGCCUUAUGCAUAUUUCAUUCCUAGCAGAGAGCACAAAGAUGUUUAUUAUGAUAUCCUUGCCUGGCUGAUGAGGGGAGGCUGGGUCACACAGCUUCGGACGUUUGGUUGGCUCAAGGUGGAUCCGGAAGUGAAGAGCAUCGUUGAGGAAGCAAUGGAGAGGGAGGAAGCCAAGGAGAGGGAAGAAGAUCUUGCUUCAUCCACGGCGACAGUCAUCAAAGCAAAAGAUUUCCAGAUCAAUGACAACGUCUCAACUUCAUCGUCCUCCCUCGAUAGUGAAAACACCACCCUAUCGUCCUGGACUGGAGAGAGCUGCAUACUUCCAGCGACAUGCAAAGGACUCUGGUUCACCACAAACCUCAUCGUUGAUUCUCCGACCGCAUCGGGCUUCUCCACUGGAGGCUCGCUGGCUGGAUGA